AGGAGGAAAUUUAACUUCCACCAUGGCGGAGGAUAGCGAAAUUUCACCAACCUCUCCCCAAAAACGGGCCCGGCUGUCUUCAGACGAAGGCCUGACCCCCGAAGUGGAAGUGGGUGGCUUCCAAAAGGUCCCACAUACAAUCUGGAACGGAACGGGCGCGAUAGAUGUAGGGACCCCAACUCCACCCUAUGAUGACUCCUGGAGUAAUUAUGACUGUACACCUGGGUCGACUGAUGACCACAGUCUGCUCAAUGGCUUCCACCACACCAAUGGCUUUGGUGACCACGGCAAUGAUUUUGACUACACCAACGGCUGGGCCCACGACGACAGUGACCACCCUGACCCUGACCUGAGCCAACAUGACCUUGAGGGGCACCAUGAACUAGCUGACCUGUCGGGUGACCCCAGUCUGAACUGUCUGCUGGGGGAGACCGGUGGAGAGGGACAGAGUACAGAGAACCAGGCAGACAGUGAUGCAGAGUCAGCCAGUAGUGUGUCCAGCGCCAGUACAGGGGACUGGCAGGCCACCAGUAUAUCAGGUCCCAUGCAGUGGGUACAGCACCAGAUGACCAUGGGGAUCAACCCUCGGACCAUCCUCCAGGAGCUCCUGCCACCCAGCAUGGUCCUCCCCUCCGAUCUGGACUCCCUCACCCUGUGGAAACUGGUGGUCAACAUCCUGACAGAACCGCCAAAGAGGGAGAAACUUCCCAGCGUCAACACUCUGCAGGACGUCGUCAGGCUGAUUCACGGGAGCAAGAACAUUGUUGUGCUGACUGGUGCAGGGGUUUCUGUCUCCUGUGGCAUUCCAGAUUUCCGGUCACGGGACGGAAUCUACGCCAAACUUGCCGUGGACUUUCCUGACCUGCCCGAUCCUCAAGCCAUGUUUGACAUUGACUACUUCAGAAAAAACCCUCGGCCUUUCUUCAAGUUUGCAAAGGCCAUCUACCCCGGCCAGUACACGCCGUCUCGGUGCCACAGGUUCAUCAGGCAGUUGGAGGAGCAGGGCAAGCUGCUGAGGAACUACACUCAAAACAUAGACACCCUGGAGCAGGAGGCUGGUAUACAGAGGAUCAUACAGUGUCACGGUUCCUUUGCCACAGCCUCCUGUACAAACUGUAAGAGAAAGGUGGACUGUGAAGAGAUCAGACAGGACAUCUUUGACCAGGUGGUGCCGCGCUGCCCACAGUGUUCGCCUGACGGUCCCAUGGCCGUCAUGAAGCCCGACAUCGUGUUCUUUGGCGAGGGUUUGUCGGACAAGUUUCACCAGACCAUCUCUGUGGACAAGGACAAAGUGGACCUGCUGAUUGUGAUCGGGUCCCGACUCAAAGUCCGACCUGUGGCUCUCAUACCAAGUUCCAUCCCAGCUGAAGUGCCACAGGUGUUGAUCAACAGGGAACCCCUCAAUCACAUGACGUUUGACGUUGAGCUCCUCGGAGACAGCGAUGUCAUCGUUGAAGAAAUCUGUCGACUCCUGGGAGAAGGCUGGACCACUGAUUCUGACUCAGGCACUCCGUUGAACCAGGUUUCUGAAAUUCCUCCAAAGAAAGUAGCCCCAGAGGGCAGCUGCACCCCAAACUGCACACAGGGCUCAUUAUCUAACAUGCAUAGCCCAAAUUUAUCCACAACCAAGGAGCCAACAGAAGCAAAUGUCAACCAAAGAAUAGAUUGUUUGCCAGCCAAUCAGGAGCAACCAAAGUCUUCCCCAGCCAAUCAGGAUGCAGAGGUAUCAGCCAAUCAGGAUGCAGAGGUAUCAGCCAAUCAGGAUGCGGGGGUAUCAGCCAAUCAGGAUGCAGAGGUAUCAUCUACUAGUCAGGAACAGACUUCUCCAGAGUUGAGUAGAACAGGGGACCAGGCGUCAAGUCCCAGCUCCAAGGGAGAUGAGUUUGACAGAGACCCUGAGUCUGAGCACGAUAUGGAAGCUCUGCGUCGAUGCUGGCAGAGCAAGCGUCAGCCCAAAGAAAGUGUAGCAAAGAGACUACCAGACCAUUCCUACCAGUUUGUCCCUCCCAACCGCUAUGUCUUCCAAGGAGCGGAGGUUUUCUCGGAUUCGGAGUCAGACAACGACUCGGACUCUCUCUCGGACUAUGAGCACGAGAGAGGCGACAGCGGGACCGCGGGUAUCCAGUGCAGCGGCGGCUCCGAUGAAGACACACAACAAACCUUCAUCAGCAACACCUCAUGGUUUGAUGGGAGCGAGGACAGUCAGGAACGGGGUAGUGGGGAAGGAAACAUGACCACUGUGGAACAAGGUAGCCGUAAAAGCACAACAGAAAAUGUGACAGACAAAGGCGGUGGGGACAAAGUCUCCGAGUCCUUAUAAAGAUUAAACAAUAGAGCAAAAAUUCUGAACUUUUGGUCUCCAGUAUUCCAAUUUUCCUAUCAGGAAAAUUUCAGUAACUACUUUCCUUGAAAGCCAUAUUGGUUUUGAAAGGAUUUCUGGGUCGGUUUUUUUUUAUAUAUAGAAAGAGAAGGCAUUGUACGUAAGUUUGACUACACCUACCAAAGGAUUGUAAGUAAUGUUCAGGUGCUGGUAGACUUGUCUUAUUCCCUUUUGUGGAACAUUUGAUGCCAACUGUAUCUACUUGUGGAAUGUUACAGCAAGAAAGAACCAUGUGUACAGACAUUCAAAGAAGACAAACCUAUGCUAAACAUGCAAUGUCAAUAUGAAUAUGUUUACAUGUUUAUCUGUGGUUGUAACAAGUUGUAUUAUAAUAAUAUUUAUUGACAAAAAAUGAUUAUCAAAAAAGCUUCCAGAUAUUCUUGUGCUAAGUUAUGUGCUCAUGUGUAAAGAGCCACAAAUUCCAUAUUUAUUGGGGACAUUGAUGUCAAGGGAGAUGUGUGUAGAUUUAUACACAUGUACUUGUAAUUAAAAUAUUCAUGUAGAGUAAGAGCAACUACUUUGUGGAAAUGUGAACAAUGAACUAGAUUGUACAGUGUUGAGUUUGAAUUGCUAUCACAGUAUAUUCUGUUUUUAGAUUUUUCUACUGAGUUUACUGUAUCCUGUGGUGUCCAACAACAGAAUGGCUAGGCAAGCGGACACUUGAUUGAGAUGUCACAGGUUCGAUCCCUUGCAAUCCUUGCUAGACGUUGUGUCCUUGGAAAAGGCACACGUUACACUAUAUUCCUCAAUCCACCAAGGUGUACCCGACUUUGGUUGGGGAGGUAAAAUGCAGUGGAAGGAGAGGGAUGGGCUCUGCCCUCCAAAACUGUGCCCUAGACACAGUGGAUUAACAACCCACUGCCCCUAUGGCAUCAAAAAAGCUACAGGACUACCUUUACCUUAAUGAGUUUAGAUAGCAGCAAAAGUUUCAUUAUGUUCCUAUCUGCCAAACUUUGUAGGAUUUUGCUUGCUCUACAUGAAACAAAAUCACCCAUUGGUGUAGAAAAUAAUUUAUUCAUAUUAAUAAGUAGAUUUACAAAUUUCAUUUUUCUUCAAACUAUUUUACUGUGGGUGUUAGUAUACAGGUACAUUGUACUUCCAUGUUCACUUCAGUAAGUGUGAAAAUAUGUUAA